UUCGCCCGAUGAUGAUGGUGAAGGUCAUAGGUCAGCAGAGAUGGCGGCGGCAUCGGUGGGAGAGGUGAAGGGAUCGAUUAAACAAGAGGAUUGCUCCUUUCUGCCUAUUGUCCACGACAUCAUUAAAUGCAUGGACAAAGACAGCCAAGAUGUGCACCAAGAGCUCAAUAAGCUGAAGGCUAAGCUGCAGGAGACCCGGGAAAUGAUUUUGGCGAUGCCUGGGAUUGAUCUUAGUCCUGAACAACAGCAGCUGCAGCUUCAGAAUUUGCGAGAUCAGGUUCGCAUCAAGAAUGAACUUCUGCAGAAAUACAAGAGCCUUUGCAUGUUUGAUAUCCCUAAAACAUAGGAAGUGGCCUUGUUGCAGCACUGGGGAAGAUUUCCAUUCUGGAUGUGUAUUUUUACUGCUGAGUUCAUAACUACAGAAAUAAGGGCAAAAUGUAUGCUUAAUGGUUUAUUGAGUAUACCUUGAGUUAUAAACCUAUUGAAUUUAAUACUUGGUAUAACUCUAUCGAUCUAUCAGAAUAUUUGUCUAUUGUUUUCCUAGUAAUUGGUGCGUCCAGUAUUUUGACUGUAGCAUGCUUGUGUUACUGGAUAGACUAUCAUCGUUUAACAGUAGAUUUGUGACUUCAGUUGAAGUUGUGUAGACUUUUGCACCCAGAAACAGUGGAAAAAAUGUUAUGCUUUAAUGCUUCCAACAACUGGUUAGCUGAAUACUAAAGUGAUUUGGCAUUCAAAAUUGAUGAAGAGCUAAUUAGUUCAAGAACAGUUAAUGGGUGUUGAAGUUUGAAUCUGGACCACGUAUUCCAUGAGUUUAUGCUAAAUCCUCUGUUAUUGUCCAUUCAAUAAAAGCUUGCAACCUGAUCUGUCUAACAAAAGUAAACACUGGUUUGGCCAUGGUGGAGAAAAUUGCCCAUUCAUGUUCAAUUAUAACUGAUAAAGUGAAGGCUUAAUGUCUAGAAUACUUCAGUUAACCAUUAGAACUUUCCUUCAGUCCUACUAAUGGUUCUGAGCAGUGAGUUAUGAUCUUUUUGUGUGUGAGAUUCUGUAUAUGUUACCUUUUAUUGCCACUUUUCAUUUAAGAAACUCUCCUACUUAGUGUGGUGUAAUUUCGCCCCACUUCAAAUGAAGUGUAAUAGUAACAUACUAAUCAUAAGAGAAACGUCUUUGUUUUUCUUUACAGGGAGAGUGUUAGCCCCUCGUGUGCUUCAGCACUUCAUGCACCUUGUGUUAAUUGUGUUUGUCUUUUUUCCCCCUUCCUCCAUAUCCCCGCACAGUUGGAAAUGUGAACAUUUGGAACAAUUUGUUUUUUUAAGAACUUCAGAGACUUGUGAAGAAAUUAAAUUGUACGCUGAUUUUCUA